ACGAUUAACGCAACCAAGCCAAGCCAAGGGGAUCUUUCUUUCUUUCUUUCUUUGUUUCUUUGUUUCUUUCCUUCUUUCCUGCUUGUGCUUGCUUGCUUGCUUUCUUUCUUUCUUCCUUUCCUUCUUUUUCUUUCUUUUCCUUCUCUCUUUCUUCAUCACUUUCUUCACUACAAUCAUAUUCAGAAAGACAAAUGGAAGGAUCACAAAGAUCAGAGCUUCCCAAUUAUCAACUUCAAGUCUCCUUCCUCUCAAAUGCACCGAACCCUCAACCCAUCCACGAAAUGGGGUUUCUCCAUUUUGAAGACCACAAUCAGGUUUUGAGCUUCUUGGCUCCUAAUAACAACGCCGCCACACCCACUACUGCACCACCCACCACCACCACCACCACUACCACCACCACCGCCAUGCCUUCUGCCUUCACUACCCCUCCUCACGCGCACCUCCUUACUAGACCCUCUUGGAGCAACGACCAGGUGGGAACACUAGAUCCAAAGCCCGGUGGCGAUGAAAACUGCACUGGUAGCACCAGCGACGGCACCAAUUCAUGUGCCAGGUGGAGAAACUCCAACGCAGAUAAGACCAAAGUUAAGGUCAGGAGAAAGCUCAGAGAACCGCGUUUCUGUUUCCAAACAAGAAGCGAUGUCGAUGUCCUCGACGACGGCUACAAAUGGAGAAAAUACGGCCAAAAAGUCGUCAAGAACAGUCUUCAUCCACGGUACCACCUCAUUUCAAUUCUCCUUCUAAUUGAUACUAUGAUAUUGUCCACUUUGAACCUAAGCUCUAAAUUGAAACCCUUAUGAGUAAUUUAGAACACGCACAUCCAAUAAUGGGAAAUAGAUUGAUUAAUUAUGGC